AAAUAGACGCACACGCACUGACUGGCGCAUACACACACACACACACACACACAGCCUGCAGCAUGGCGAUCCGUGUCGAAUUAGAGAUGUUGGCGGUUCUGCUGUUACUGACCCCCAUUGUGACUGAUGGCCUGGUGAUGGACAAGUGUCAGCUGGAUGGUCAGCUCCUGUCUAUUUUACCUCCAGACAUGCCUGACCGUGAUGUCCAGGCGGCAAAGAUCGUAUGCCAUGCUGAACAGACUUCGCAAUUUGACACCUCCUUGGUCAAGCAAGUCACCGGACAAGAGCUCCCAGCAAAUCGCAAGAGAAGAGCUGUUGCCCAAAAGAAGGUCACCCCGAAACCCGUUAAAGUCAACAAUGCCACACCUAAACCCAGUGCAGUUGACAAUAAGCCACCCCCUAAACCCAGUGCAGUUGACAAUAAGCCACCCCCUAAGCCCAGUGCGGUUGACAAUAAGUCACCCCCUAAACCCAAUGCAGUCAACACUAAGCCACUCCCUCCUAAAAUCGGCCAACCCACCAUUCCACCCCCACCUCAAAACACACAGAAUCCUAAUCCUCAGAUAGCAACCGAACCUCCGCAGCCUCAAAAUCCAGUGAUUAUCAACCAGUCCAGCGAAGUGAAGCCUCAGAAUUCUGUCCCUCUUCCUUCACCACCUGAGUUUACUCUCUACGGAGUGUUCCAGUUGGCUGAUCGUGUCGCCUGCGCCUCCGACAAACCCUCCCUCAAUGUCUGCAACCUGGACUGCAAGAAGCUGAUUGAUGAUGACAUCACUGACGACGUUCAGUGUGUUUUGACCAUCUUGAACACAAAGCCAAGCCCUGAUGUUCAGGAAGAGGCUAGCCAGCUCAUUAAGACUUUGAGCGACAGGCUGAUGAACUCUUGCCCCAACAUGGACUUCACCCAGUACCUUGCUGGGUGUAACACGCAAUAGGUGUAAUGCGCUACACCUGAUCAGACACUCCGCUUUCUUCAUUAGUUGGUGCAGGGGCUAUUCUGGGUUUCUACUAUCUUCUCUGAGUGUCGCUAAAAUCCUGUUACAAGCUGAAAGACUUGUUGUUAAAUGAUUGUAAUCGGACAAUUGUCCAACUGCAAUUUGAAGUCAAAACGUUGGUGGUAGAUUCAAUACUAAAAUACGAUUCUUUUUGUUAUUAUACAAACAGCUACGAUUGUUUUAAUGCAUGUUUUGAAAAAGACUAAAAGAAAGUUUCAGGUUCCUGCUAUAACACGAGAGAUUAAUAUAUGAAUCUGUCCUGUAUGUACACAUAUUUAUUCCACAGGGAAAUGGAUGUCUUUUACUUAGGCUAAACAAAACGAAUAAACAAUGCUAAGUAAAUAUCUAAAUACA